CAUAUAUUACAGAUCCAUCCAUCCAUUAAUCUUUAAUUAAUUUAUUUUCCGAUGGCACAGUCAACGGCGAUGGUCGGCGGCGCCGGCGCCAACAGCUAUGCUAACAACUCCACUGCACAGAGAGAUGCUGUAACUACUGCAAAAGAAGCCAUGGCCGAGGCGCUCAUUGAAGUCUUGGACAUUUCGGCAUUCUUAUCAAAUGGAUCGAAAAACUUAGUUACCAUUGCCGACUUAGGAUGCUCUGUUGGACCGAACACACACAUCGCCAUGCAAACAAUAAUCGACAUAGUCACCACAAAAUGCCACUUACAAGGGAUCGACCCAAAAACUAUUGAAUUCCAAGUAUUAUUUAAUGACCAAAACACCAAUGACUUCAACACACUGUUUGCCUCCAUGUCUGGUGAUAAAAACUACUUUGCAGCCGGAGUUCCUGGUUCUUUCUACGAUAGAUUGUUCCCUACUUCCUCCAUCCACAUUGCAUACUCUGCAUCUUCACUUCAUUGGUUGUCGAGGGUGCCCGAGGAGUUGGAAGAUGAAAAUUCUCCGGCCUGGAAUAAGGGUAGGAUUCACUACACGAAUGCCCCCGAGCCAGUUGUAAAAGCAUAUGCUAAGCAAUAUGAAAAGGACAUUGAUGCGUUCUUGAGGGCACGAGCGAAGGAGAUGGUGCCGGGAGGAGUGAUCGUGAUGUUGAUGCCCGGUGUGUGCGACGGUGUUCUCAGACAUGAUAUUGGUGUAUCUAUUGAUUUCCUUGGAUCCAUCCUCAUGGACAUGGUUAAAGAGGGAAUGUUGAAGCAACAUCAAGUGGACUCAUUCAACAUUCCUCAUGUAUAUCCAAGUAUGAAGCAAAUGAAAAGGUUUGUGGAGAAUAAUGGGAGUUUUCGAAUAGUGAAAAUGGAGUUGCAAAAUGCAUGGCUGAACAAGGAGGCUCCCAUCGACAUGGUGACCGCAAUAAUGCAUCUUAGAGCAUUCACAGAGAUGACCAUCGCUAGCCACAUGGGCUGUGAAAUCAUCGAACCCCUUUUUGCAAAGGCUCUUCAGCGCAAACAAAAGCUUUCGGACAUGUUGUACGACGCUGGACAUAAGAUUGGUCUUCGAUAUUUAUUCACUAUUUUGCAACGUACGUAACUAUAUUAGGUUAAUACAUGCUUUGUUUUUAUUCUUCUACUUAUAUAUGCUAUAUGUUCGUGUGUAGCAAAUAAAUAAAACAUUUAAAUGAUGUAAUCUACUC